AUGACGUUCCUCAACAUCCCCGCACACCUCGACUGGCCCGCCCAGUUCUGCCUGCUCCUCACUGCUGGGACCUGGGUCGCCUCUCUCGUCACCGCCAACGUCUCCCAGGUCGACAGGCUCUGGACGUUCCUCCCCACCAUAUAUACAGCGUACUAUGCCCUGCUACCCCUCUGGCCGAACGAGCAGCCAUUCCUUUUCGUGCCGUACGCCCCGAAGGAGUUGGGGUACGCGAGCGUGAAGGAUUAUAGCCCGAGGGCGCUAUUGAUCUUUGGGCUUGUCGUUGUGUGGAUGUGCAGAUUGAGCUAUAACACCUGGCGGCGCGGAUUGUUCGACCUAAAAGACGAAGACUACCGCUGGGCCGUCCUGCGUGCCCAGCUCCCGCCCUGGCUCUUCCAAAUAACCAACCUUACCUUCAUCGCCUUCACCCAAAACGUCCUGCUCCUCUCACUCGGCCUGCCCGUCCACGUCGCCGCUGUCUUCCAACCCCAUUCACCCCUUUCUUCAUCCGACUACGCCUUAGCUGCCCUCGCGCUCGUCGUCCUCGGAAUAGAGUUCACGGCAGACAACCAGCAGUACGCGUUCCAUGCGUACAAGCAUGCGUACCUGGCGAAGAAGAAGGCGGAGGAGGACGGGAAGGAGGUGAAGGUGAAAGAAUAUGAUGCGAAUGAGCAUUGGGUCGGUGCGAGGCUGGCGUGGACCCCGGAUGAUGCGCGGAGAGGGUUUGUGACGAGGGGGUUGUGGAGAUACUCGAGGCAUCCGAACUUUGCGUGUGAGCAGGGUUUCUGGUGGAUCAUAACCCUCCUUCCCCUGGUCUCCCCCUUCCCACCCAACAUCCCCACCCAAGCGGACCUCCCAACUCUCCCUACACUCCUCCGCGCGCUCGCCUCGCCCUCCCAACAUCCUGCGCUCCUCCUCUCCGUCAAACAGACCCUCGCACCCGCAGUGCACCUCCUCCCCGCGCUCGCCCUCAGCCUGCUCUUCAUCUCGUCGACGACCUACACAGAGGCGAUCUCCAAGUCCAAGUACCGCAGCACGUACGGCGCGUACCAGAGGAGGGUGGGCAUGUUCAGCCCGCACCAGACGCUGGGGAAGUGGGUGUGGAUGCGGUUGUGGUGGGCCGGGGAGGAUAGGAAAGGGAUUGAGGAGGUUGUAUGGGGGGACUCGGAGGCUCCAUCGAAGAGGCUUAAGAAGGAGUGA